UAAAGUUGCUCCAGUCUGCACACUUCCCUUUUGGGUGAGUUCCUCUGCAAAAAUGAAGUUAGUUUACUUUUGCUUGCUGAGCUCAAUUGUACCAGUUUUUCAUAAUGCUGGGGCAGUGGAAGAUAAAGCUAAGGAAAAUAGAGAAGUUGCUGCUGCUUGUCCUGUGAGUUUGGAAGCAAGUGGACAAUGUGAGGGAGAAGAAUGUCCUUAUCAGAUGAACCUGCCUUCCCUGACUAUCCAGCUGCCCAGAUCAUUCAGCAUGAUUGAACAGGUAUUCAAAGAGGUUCAGAAUCUCAAGGAAAUUGUAAAUAAUCUGAAGAAAUCUUGCCAAGAAUGCAAGUUGCAAGCUGAUGAUAAUCAAGAAAUGGGAAGAAAUGAACCACAGCAGCCGAACGCAGAAGCACCUGAAAAGGAGAGUGACAACAGAAUUAAGGAAUUAGAGAGUGAAGUUAACAAGCUGUUUUCCAACCUGCAGGAUGCAAAAGAUGAAAUUAACUCACUUCACAGUCGCUUGGAGAAUCUGAAGUUGGUAAAUAUGAACAACAUAGAAAAUUAUGUUGACAGCAAAGUAGCUAAUCUGACAACUGUGGUGAACAGUUUGGACGGUCGAUGUUCAUCUAGGUGUUCAAACCAGUCGGGAUUGCCAUCAAUGGGUAUGAUUGAACAACAUCUAAUAUACAAAAACUGUUGGGAUUAUUAUGAGAAAGGCAGAAAGAGCAAUGGAAUCUACAGAGUUACCCCUGAUCCAAAAAAUAAGAGCUUUGAAGUUUACUGUGAUAUGGAAACCAUGGGUGGAGGUUGGACAGUCGUACAGAAGCGUCUAGAUGGAAGUACUAGCUUCAAUAGGACAUGGAAGGACUAUAAAAAUGGCUUUGGAAACCUCAGCAGGGAGUUCUGGUUAGGUAAUGAUAACAUUCACCUUCUGACAAAGAGUAAGGAAAUGGUUCUGAGAAUUGAUCUUGAAGAUUUUAAUGGUGUCAAACUGUAUGCUCUGUAUGAUCAGUUCUAUGUGGCCAAUGAGUAUCUCAAAUACCGUUUACAUAUUGGUAAUUAUAGUGGUACUGCAGGAAAUGCGCUGCAUUUCAACAGACAUUAUAACCACGACCUUAAAUUUUUCACUACCCCAGACAAAGACCAUGAUAGGUAUCCCUCUGGAAACUGUGGACUUUACUACAGUUCUGGUUGGUGGUUUGAUGCAUGUUUGUCUGCAAACUUAAAUGGUAAAUACUACCACCAAAAAUACAAGGGUGUCUUCAAUGGGAUUUACUGGGGUACCUGGCCUGGCAUGGCUAAUGGUGAACCAAAUGGCUAUAAACAUUCUUUCAAGGGGGCAAAAAUGAUGAUUAGACCAAAAUUCCUUGCACCAUAAGUUACUACUCAUUCUACCAGGUUUUCAUCUAGUUAUUUUCUUCAGUAUUUUCCUUUUCCUCCCCUCUCCUCUUCUCCCCUUCCCUUUCCUUCCCUUCCUAUUUGCAAUAAAUGCCUCCUAUAUAGAAUUUGAUGUUUUCUCCCCGUUAAUCUGAAAAUAAUCUUUCCACAACCAAAAAAACCCAAGUCUAAUAAGUUUAAAGGAGACAGUAUUUUAAAUAAGACAAAAUAAUAGUAAUAACUUCUUGUGAAAGUCUUAAUUUUUUUGUUGUUGCUACUAUACAAAUGUAUACUUAGAAACAAUGGUGUUUAUAUUUUAAUUCAAUUAUAUUUACAUUUCUAUUAAUCAAAAAAAUUUCAAUGGAAAUAUCCCUUCUGUAAAGAUAGUGGCAUUUACUAGCUAUAGUUUUUACAAUUAAACUCUUAAUUUCAUCAUCCAUAUGGCCUGUUUUAACACAAGUAAGCUAUGCCUGGGUAUAAGUUAGACACUUUUGGUGCACAAACUUUUUCAAGUUAUAAGUUACACUGUUAUAAAACUAAAUAGACUGUGAUUCUGGUACUCUUUUCUGUUUUCCUAUGUGUCUGACACAUAUCCUGGAAUUUUCUCACUUAAAUAAGGCCUGAAUCUAUAUCUAUUAUAUAAUCUCAGAUAAUAAUUACCAAGCAGUCUCAUAGACCAUGCUUUUCUAUACAUUGUUAUAAAAGAAUAUUCAAAUUGUUUUCUGAAAAUAUCUCAACCUCUUUUAGAAUUUGCAAGCCAUAAAAGCACUUGGAAAUAAUAUGACUUGACAACUGCAGUUGAAAGACAAUCUAUUCACUGUUCAUAAACUUGUUAUAUGCUUGAUACCAAAGACUGCUUUAAUAUAAAAAAAUGUCCUUCCUCUGUUCACUCUACACAAUGGUUUCUUAUUUAAGGUUGUUCAUUUGUGCCAGACUACUGGUAGAGGGUUUUUUAGGGGAGGGGAAAAUGAAGUAUUUUUUUUGCAAGUCAAAAUACUCCAAAGGUCAAUUUUCUUUCUUUGUGAUAUUGUAAUAAAAUGUUUUGCCACAUAGAAAAUGAAGUUUUCUAAAAUUGUUCUUAAUAUAUGUACCAUAGAUAGUUCAAAGUUGGAAUUUAUUCAUUGCAAACUCUAUAUUAUUUGCCUUUGAUAAGUAUUGUUUGAAAAAGAGAAAGAAAAAACACAGUGUCUUGAAUCUUCAUCAUUAAUCAGUUUGUGACCCAUAUAUCAUACUAUAUGGAAUUUAUAAAAAAAACACAACAGCAACAAUUUGCCUAACUUAGUUAUUGUAGAAACUACAUGUAUCUGAAAGGUUAACACUGAUAUCCUAUGAAAUGUGCUGAGCACCCAAAAAAUGAUCCAGUAACCCACUCUAUAUUAUAUUUGAAUCAGCCUAAACACAUUGACUCUUGAAAGUGACUCUUUCUCAUCUGGAAACAAAUUAUUCAAAUUAUGUUUAAUAAAGCUCCAUGUUUUAUUCAUUAUUUUAUAAUUUUUUUUUCAUAGAAUAUGGCACACAUUUGCUUCCAGUGACCACAAUUUAUUUUCCAAAAUAUUCUGCUCAUAGCUAUGUUAGCUAAAAAUGGUAUAUAGAGGGGCAGCUAGGUGGUGCAGUAGAUGGAGCACUGGCUCUGGAGUCAGGAAGACCUGAGUUCAAAUCUGACCUCAGACACUUAAUACUAGCUGUGUGACCCUGGGCAAGUCACUUAACCCCAAUUGCCUCACAAAACAAAACAAAACAAAAAAACAAAAACACAAAAAUAGUAUAUAGAAACUCCACUUUAAGAAGGAACAUGUUUUGUUCCAAAUUGUAUGAAAUACAUGAACCAAAAAAUCAAUAUCCAGCUAAACAUUGGGUAUUGGGGCAGUUAGGUGGUGCAGUGGAUAAAGCACUGGCCCCGGAUCCAGGAGGACCUGAAUUCAAAUUCGGCCUCAGACACUUGACACUGGGCAAGUCACUUAACCAUCAUUGCCCAGCAAAAACAAAACCAUAAACAUAUGGGUAUUUAACCACAAUGACUAGCUUAAAAAUGUAAAAUUAAGAAAUUUUGAAAUGGAAAAUGAAGCUCAGUAAUGGCCAAAAAGAUAAACUAUGGGUGAAUGCUUCAAAGGAAGUAGGUCUUCUUAAAAGGGUUUCAAGCAUAUGUUUUGUAUUUUGCUUAAUCUUUAUAUAUCUAUUUUUUAGAUUAAAAUGUUGAUGUUGUAAAAUAGGUAACUGGCUUAGAGUAAAAAAAAUACACAGUAUUUAUUUCAACUAAUAUAUAAAGUGGCUAAUAUGUGAAAGAAUUUACUAAAUGUAUAUCAUCUUACAUGAUAUCAAGUGAUAUAAUACAACCUAAGGUGAAAUUAUCUUUGUCAAAAAUCUGCUUAUAUGCAUGGAAACCAUGUUGAUUUUAUGUGGAGUUCAGUGUCACGCUUUAUGAUCUGUUAGUUUAAUUUGUUAUUUUGUUAGUAUAUAAAGAUAUUCAAGAAAUAUCUUCUUUUAACUCUUCUGUGAUUGGGCCAAAGUGGUAUCUUCUUCCAUACCUAUCCAGAUAUUUUCUAAAUCUCUUCCUUUCUCUCAAAAUUCCUCAGACUUAAUAUUGUGAAGAAUUGCUCAUUACAAGGUAUGGCUCUGCUUUUAUUCCAAUAUUAAGAUUAUGAUCAUCUUAACUUUUGGUGGGAAUAAACUAAACUAGAGCUGGCCAAAAUGAGGCCUUUUGCUUCAGAGUACUGCGUCACUGAAUGAGGCUUUAAGCUCCUUAGUUAUAGUAUAGUCACAAAUAAGGCUUAUGUUAUCACUGAAUUGCAGGAAUUCUAUGAUAGCAUGGGGCCCCUAUUCUCAAGAGUUCAGUUUAUUCUUCAAUUUAAAAAGGUUAAGCGGAUCUUUUCUGAAUUUUUGGUUGUGAGUCUAUAAUUUUAAAAUUACACCAUUGAUACUAUAUGUGGUAGCACUAAAAAUAACUUGGGCUAAUAUCCACACACAGAGAACAAGAAUGACCUAAUUCAUUAAUUAAUUCCUGUGUAAUUCCAUCAUGAAGGAAAAAUCAUUUGUUAGCAAUCUUGAUGACAUUUACUAUUCCAUGAAAAUAUUAACUAGAUGCUUGAAAAUGCAAAAUAUGUGUAAAAAUCAUAUAUAGCUUGGAAAAAAACAUCUUAGUAGCAAGGAUUAAUAAACAUAUUAAACUAAGGAAAUAUUAGUUUAAGCAAAUAAAUGAGUAUAGCAGACAGAAUAAGUAUUUUAAAAAGCCAAGGAAAAUGUGAAUUUGCUAACUAUUGUUCCAUGUUUUUUGGAUAGCUACCCAAGUUCAGUCUCAACUAUGAUAUAUAAUUUUAGGAGAAAGGUGAAAAAUCUGUGGGUAAAGUUGCUAAGAUUUUGUAAAUAUGAUUCUAUUUUUCUGUGUUUCAAAUGGUCGUAUGUCAUCUUUUAAAUUUUGUAAAAAUAA